UAGCCCUUUGUCUUAGACAUCUCAGAGACGAGUGGACACACAGGCUAAAGGAUGCACAAAGCAGUGACUCUGGUUUCCGUGCUGGUCCUGGGGUGGUCCUGGACCCUUCAGGGGGUCCCUGUACUCCCAGAUCCUCUCUACCCCACGCAGGAGAACUUUGAUCUGUCCCGAUUUUUGGGAACAUGGCAUGAUGUUGCUGUGGCAAGUACAUGUCCCCAUAUGCAGCGUCAUAGGGGAGAUGCAGCCAUUGGAAAACUGAUUCUGCAAAGAGGCACCACUCAAGACAAACUCAAGAUGACUCGAAGAAUGCUCAGGGAAGGAACAUGUAAGGAGAUCUCUGGGGACUAUUUGUUGACGACUACACCAGGACGAUUCUCCUACCAUAUUGCCAAGUGGGGGGCUGACGUAGAUGCAUAUGUGGUUCACACAAACUACAAUGAGUAUGCAAUAGUCCUAAUGAAUAAACAGAAGUCUUCAGGGGGGAACAGCACCUCAGUGAAGCUUUACAGUCGAACUAUGUCUGUGAGAGACACUGUGCUGGAGGACUUCAAAACACUGGUCAGACAACAAGGAAUGAGUGAUGACACUAUUACCAUUAAGCAGAACAAAGGUGACUGUGUUCCUGGAGAGGUGGUGGCAGAACCGUCAGCUCAACCUGAACCUCAGAGGAUGAAGAGAAAUGUGGUGCCUACUUUGGCUCCUGUAGAUGAGGAGGGUUCUGGUGAUCAGAUCUCACCUCUUUUCAAUGGAACCGAGGCCUGUAAAGCAGCACCGGAUUCUGGACCAUGUUUUGGGUUGUUCAACCGUUACCAUUACAACUCCACCUCCAUGAGCUGUGAACUCUUCAAGUACGGAGGGUGUAUGGGAAACCAGAACAACUUUGAAACUGAGAGAGAGUGUCUGCAGAGAUGUCGCACUGAGGCUGUGUGCCGUCUGCCCAUGGCGGCCCAACCCUGCAAAGGCCAGCCACCCAUCUGGGCCUUUGACUCCAGCGUGGGCCUGUGUGUGCCCUACAAACAGGACUUCUGCCAGGGCAACGCCAACAAGUUCUACAGCAAAGCAGAGUGUGAUGAGUACUGCGGGGUGGUGAAUGACGAAGGAGAGCUGCUGAAGGCAAACUGAGUGAGGAAACAUCAUUGCUCAUCACCAUACAGAGACACAGAAUAAACCAGCAUCACAUAAGGUGCACACUAAGGAAAACACAAUUUUGUCUCAGCAUUCAGAAUAUGCAGUUAUAUCAAAAUUGAUCAUCAAAAAUAAAACAGGUCAGAACUGUG